AAUAGAUAAAUCGUAUACGUUUCUACGUAUUUUAUAAAUUAUAAUCGAUGAUAGCAGAUUAAUCUUGUGACUUUUUAUUAUCGUGAAGUGUGUCGUCAAUUGACAAGCCAGAGUCAGUUCCUGUUUUGCUUCUUUCUAGUUGUGUAUUGCGUUGUAACAAGAUUACACAACCAUGCAGCUCCAAAUUCGUGGCCAGCAAACACAUGUCGUUGAUUGCCAGAACGAUGAAACUAUUCUGGAAAUUAAGGAGAAGCUGGCAGCACUGGAAAACAUUGAAAAUGUAGAGUUUAAUCUUUACUGUGCUGGCAGUCUAUUAGAAAAUGAAGCUGUUGUUGGAGAUCUUCCAUUUCACACGCUUGAAUUAAUAGUCCCUCUACUUGGAGGUAAGGUCCAUGGUUCUUUAGCACGUGCUGGAAAAGUAAAGGCACAAACUCCUAAGGUUGAAAAGCAAGAAAAAAGUAAAAAGAAGACCGGUCGUGCCAAGAGACGUAUUCAAUAUAAUCGCAGAUUCGUGAAUGUUGUUCAAACUUUCGGACGUCGGCGUGGACCUAACGCUAAUUCUAAUUCUUAAAGAAUUUUGUUAUGUAUCAAAAUAAUAAAAUUUUAUUAAAGUAAAUAA